UUGAAAAGCAAAAAAAAAAUAAUUUUGAUUUGGAUAAUUCAUGUUUAGUUCAUGGAUAAAUAUUUUUGUUCAAAUAAAAAUGUAAUUUAAAAAAUGUCUAAAGAGUGCGCAUGCUCCAAUUUAGUGAUCGAAAUAGUGAAAACAAAUUUCGUAGAGGGCGCUAGUCCCGCAUAUCAUCUUUCCCACAUUCCAUCUCUUCUCUUUCUCGCUCCUUUUGUGACAUUUUUGCGGAACGUCCAUCGUGUUUCCUUGUAAAAAUUAUUAUAAAAAAUCACAUUAGGGCAUGGUCUGUACAAUUAAACCUUUAAAAAACCGUGAUAUAAAAUCUAUAAUCGUGGUAAACUUUUCUUGUGCCAAGUGCAACUAAACUAUCAAGAUUCCGCCGAUAAUUCAAAGCCUACCCAGUGGGUGGCUUAAUUUGGUGUGAAGGUUUAAGAAAUGGAAAAGAAACAAGACUCAUUCUUUCUUCGUGCAAAAAAACCAAAAGGUAACAAUAAAAAAGUUGAUAAACAAAAAACAAAGCAAUUGGAGAAAGAUAAAGAGAAAAGACAAAAUAAAUAUGAUACUAACCGUCCAGUGAUAAAAGAUAAAAAAGAUGAAAGUGAAAAGAAACCAUUUGAUAAAAAGGCAUAUCGUCUUAAGAAAUACAGUAAGAAAUAUAAAUUAGAACAAUGGGAGGAAAAGAGGAAGAAGAAACUUCUAUAUGACUAUCAUAAAAGCAUUAAAAAUGAUCCUUUGCUCGGUUCCUAUACUCCAAAAUCAUUUGAUGAAGACACCAUUGAUUCUAAUCCACCAGAAGUUGGUAAAUUUGUCAGAAAUCCAGAUCUCAUUGAAAAAGAAAAGACAACAAAAUUAGUGCAAAAAACUAAAAAAGACCCAUUCCAAAAAGCCAAAGAACAUUAUGAGAAGAUAAAGUUAGAGAAAUUAGAGAAGCAGAAAUUGUUACAGAAGUCUAAAGAAGAGAAGGCGCAGAAGUUGCAAGAAUAUAAGAAGAAGAAACAAGAACGGUACAAGAAACUAAGCAAGAAGACGAAAAAAGGACAGCCAGUAAUGACUGGCAGAUUAGAGAUGUUAUUGGAGAAAAUACAAAAAUAAAAUAAAAUUUACUUUUAACCAACUUUAAUAACAAUAAUAAAAUGAAAUCAUGAAUAAAAUAAUGAGUUUUUAUCAUAGAAACAUGGUCAAAAUGCAAAAAAAAUAACCCUAAUUUGCAUUUAUCUUACAAUCAUUUUAAACUGUAUUGUAACAGUUAAAUGUGAUUUUGUCAGCCAAAGAU